GCCGCAUCACAAGCCUUGAAGCCGAGUCAUUAUACCGUCAAUUUCUACCUUACGCGACGCAUUGCUCCUCGAACCAGGCGACAUCAGCUCAAGCCGCCUUCGAUUGCGGCUAGCAUCUCUCGCAAGCCGGCUCUUCGAGAAGCGAGUGCGAGCUCAAUCAACCUCAGCACUCUCGGCUAUUGUCGAAGCAGUCCAAAAUGGACGAGCUAGCGACAGCUUCGGGUUCAGGCGAUGGGGACAUCUCAACUUCUUCUCUGCAGACCAAGCUAACGCUAGACCUUCGAGGCACGCGGUUCAGCAUUGAGAGAGAGACGUUGAUGAACUUGCCAGAAAGCGUUCUGCUAUGCUUGUUCCCCAAUGGACUUGUACUCAGCAGGCAAGGAGCAGGAAACCACUAUGAAGACGACAGCGAGGCUGAUGAUGACGAAGAGGAGGUUUACUUGGUCGAUUUCGAUCCGACCUGCUUGUCGUACGUCUUGCAAUUCUUCAAGUCAGCACAGGACAUCUUCUACGGCACGCCGAGUGCGCCUUCCAAGCGAUCUAUUCUGGGAGCGCAGCAUCCCUCAGCGUUGCAAGCAGGUGCCGAACUGGACGCAUACGGACCAGGAGGGGCGGGUCAAUUGGGCGCAGGAGGAGGAAACCCACUACUGACCAAGCAAGCUAUCAUUGUUUUGAGAGAGGAGCUGGAAUAUUUCGCCAUCCCGCCCAAGCCACCAGUCGGUGCUGCUCAAGAAAAGGGACCUGCAAAGCCUCAGCCCUUGUCUCAGACCGAACUGAACAAACUCAAGACGGACUGUGGAGAGGCGCUCAUUGGAAGACAAAGCAUCUUUACUGCGCUACAACGUAACGUCAGCAAGGAAAACAACAUGGCCGAACAGCAUCUGAUAGACAUGCUCUGCAUGAGCGGCUUCAAUCGUGAUGAUGCGUGGGGAUUCAGAGCGGUGGAGCCUUCUAGGUGUUGCAUUACCUCAAUCGCACUCGUACUGCUCAAGACGGGUAUCACUACCACGGAGGACGCGGCGGCUUCUAAUGGCGCCGGAGGAGAGAUACAGAUCGACCAGAACCAGCUCGCAACGGCGCAAAAGUUGCUGCUCUUCUGGCGAAAACCUGCCCGCAAAUGCUGGUGGGACGGUGUGGACGUUGUUGUGCCCCUAGUCGAUUCGGCGCAAGCAUCGACGACUGAAAGCGGGCCCACGUCGACAGUCGACGAUACGUUGUUGAAGGCGGAGCAGAGCACAGGAGGUGGUAUGACGGCGCAAGAAGCUGAGCUGCUCAAGUCCGGCAAGGGCACCAAGAUCAGAGUCUGGGCGCGACGAGUGUGGACGUUGGAGCUCAGUCUCAUCUGAGUCCUGGCAGGCCAUGUCGACCCUUCUUGCUUUGGCAAAGGCGGCGCAUUCGCGCUCAUUGGGCCUUUGACCAUCCUUCGCCAUGCUGGUCACACACGACAGCGGCACCAGCACACCCGCACGCACGACAAUUCCCACAUUGCACUCGCACGC